AUGUUUGCUUUCAUAGCACUAAGACACGCAAGCACGACAACGAUGUUCGUGAUCGCUCUCGGGCAAGCUCUAUUCUCCUAUCUGCUUGCCUGUCUCUCUAGUAUUGCGGGGCCACAACGAGUCAAACGGUGGUUUAGCAUCAGGAUCAGGGAGGCAGAGAUCCAAUCACUCAAACUGCCGCUAAUAUUGUCCGCUGCAACCACUGCAAACGUCCGGUCCUCAGGCACAAGGCCAAAGCCCACACUUGGAAGUGUCUGUUCUCUUCAUAGUCUCGACUCCAAGCGGACACCCAAGUACGACAACGGCGUCAAUGACCGUCUUAAACGAGGCGUGUCCUCUAAUCCUCUUGACUACUGUGUUCAAGGUAUUGCGUGGACGCAUCGAGUUGAGCGGUAUUUCAAAACCAGGCUUAGGGAAAUGGAGAAAAUCAGCAGUGACGGACAACAACAGGCUAUGGUCGGGCUUGGAUGA